AUGACAUUGGGCAGUCAAGUGAUUUUGUUGAUGUGGAAAAACUGGCUGAUACAGAGGCGUCGACUAGUUAUCUCGAUUUUCGAGGUAAUCCUGCCUGCACUAUUCAGCUUUGUGAUAACCUUGGUCCGUAACGGUGUAUCGCCCACUGUGUUUUCAAACUUUACAUAUUUUGAGAAUAAUACCAUCGUCACUCAUCCUGCUUUUUUCUCCGAAGAGAAUGGAAUGAUUGGGUACGUACCGGCAUCCCCUGCAACUUCAGAUAUCAUGAGCCAUGUCUUGAUCUUAAUGAAGAGAUACAUGCCGCCCGAACAAAACCGUGAGUACUCUAUUACACGGUUCAGGACAGAAGAGGAAAGCGUCACCUUCUACCAAACUCAUUUUAUAUACAUGCGGCAGAUCGUUGUCUUUCACGGAGUCAAAACUACAAGCAUGCUCAUGCCCAGAAAGGUUUCCUUCGCUGUUCGACCUGGUUCAUUAGGUGGCAAAUGGGGUACUGAUUUCAUGUAUCCAAUAUUUGUGGACAGUAGCCCACGGCAGAAAACUUGGAGUAAGGAUGAUGCAGUACUGUAUCUGCAAAGUCUGGUUGGCGAAGCUUUGGCCAGGUAUUGGAUAGAAAAAGAUGGCGGAAAUCCUGACUCCAUUGGCUUUGAAAUUGACUCCAAAAGUUUCGUGUAUCCUCCUUUCUACUCUGACUUAUUAUCGCUUUCUCUUCGGAUUGUCCUACCGUUGUUUAUUGUUUUAAGCUUCAUGAUCAGCGUUGUCAUUGGCACGAAAAACAUAGUGACGGAGAAGGAGAAAAAACUCAAGGAAUCCAUGAAACUGAUGGGCCUGACAUCGACAGCGUAUUGGCUGUCGUGGUACCUGACACUGUGCGUGUACUUGGUUCCAGCCAUGGGUAUCUACGCCAUGAUGUUUUCACUGCCAGUCUCCAGCCAGGGUCCGGUGCUGUUUAACACCAGCGGCACUGUGUUCUUCGUUUUGCUCUUGGUUUAUGCGCAUGCUAUCAUCACGUAUUGCUUCAUGGUCAGCACUUUAGUCCAAAAAGGCAACGUUGGAGCAGUUGCCUCAGGAAUCGGUUUUUUUCUGUCCUAUUUACCUACCUUUUAUUUGAUUGAACAUUAUGCGAUAUUGAGCCGAAGAGACAAGCUGCUUUUCUGCUUUUCAUUUAACACAGCUAUGAGUAUGGCCUUAAAUGAAUUAGGCCGAUAUGAGGGAUCGGGGGAAGGCGUGACUUGGAGCAACAUUCACUAUAGACCGGCAGAUAAAUACAGCAUUAGUUUUCUGGACUGUUUGAUAAUGCUGCUGGUUAGCAGUACAAUCCACAUGAUCAUCGCUUUUUACCUGGACAAUGUCCGACCCGGGGAGUUUGGGGUGCCCAAACCAUACAAUUUCUGUUUUAUGAAAUCAUACUGGUUUAAGUCUGAAGAAAAACGUGAAGGCAGCUUCAGGUUUGAUCUGCCUCAGACGAAAUACUUUGAGAAGGAUCCUAGCGGGAAAGCAGCAGGAAUACGCAUUUGUAAUCUGAGAAAGGAAUUUGGAAAACGAGUGGCUGUCGCGGGGACUUCACUGAACAUGUACGAAGGGCAAAUAACUGUAUUGUUGGGUCACAAUGGAGCAGGAAAGACUACAACUAUGGCAAUGAUUACAGGGUUCAUACCCCCAACCAGUGGGACUGCCAUUGUAAAUGGUUACGAUAUUAGAACAAACAUUGACGAGGUUCGAAACAGUCUGGGAUUAUGUCCCCAGCACGAUAUCUUAUUUGACACAGUUACUGUGUCGGAACAUUUCAUAUUCUUCUCAAGGAUGAAAGGUUACUCGAGUCCCACUUUGAACAAUGAAAUACUUGAGCUGGCCACGAAAGUUGGCUUGGAAGGUAAACUACACACCUACGCCAAAAACCUAUCUGGAGGGCAGAAAAGGAAGCUGUCUGUUGGGAUCGCUCUUAUCGGAGGCUCUAAGGUGGUGAUAUUGGAUGAACCCUCAUCUGGCAUGGAUCCGGCCGCUCGCCGCCAGACCUGGAGUGUUCUACAGGAAGCUCGCCAAGGUAGAACUAUCUUACUGACCACUCACUACAUGGACGAGGCGGAUAUUCUCGGUGACCGCAUCGCCAUCAUGGCCGGCGGUGUUAUCAAAUGCUGCGGCACCUCCAUGUUUUUGAAAAAGCUGUACGGUGCCGGCUAUCAUUUAGUUGUUGUGACUAAACCUUCCUGUGACAUCAGCAACCUGACUACAGUCAUCCAGUCGGUCAUCCCUAAAGCAACCUUCGAGGUUCUAGUCAACACCGAAGUCACAUACUUGCUCCCUGACAACGAGUCGAAGAAAUUUGCCGAUCUAUUUCGCAUGCUGGACACCCAGAUGGCGCGCCUCAAAAUAUCAGUUACGGGCUUACAGCCACAACGAUGGAAGAAGUUUUUUUGA